AUGCAUCUCAACCUCGCCGCCCUGGCCUUGUGCCUGGCCACCGUGGCCGCCGACACCACGACCAUCAUCGACGCCAAGUCCGACCGCGGUACCUGGGAGGGAUGGGGCACCUCUCUGGCGUGGUGGGCGCGCAAGUUCGGCAACCGCGACGACCUCGCCGACGUCUUCUUCACCACCAAGUCGACGACCUGGUCGGGCACCAGCCUUCCCGGUCUCGGCUUCAACAUCGUCCGCCACAACGCCGGGGCGUGCAGCUGGAACAGCAUCAACGGCGAGAGCAUGGUCGUCUCGCCCAAGAUGAUGCUCUCGCGGCAGAUCGAGGGCCACUGGGUCGACUGGAACAGCGCGGACCCGGCGUCGUCGAGCUGGAAGUGGGACGUCGACGCGAACCAGCGCGGCAUGAUGCAGAAGGCCAAGUCGCGCGGCGCGAACCGGUUCGAGCUCUUCUCCAACUCGCCCAUGUGGUGGAUGUGCAAGAACCACAACCCGUCCGGCUCCGCCGACGGCAGCGAGAACAUCCAGAGCUGGAACCUCGGCCAGCACGCCGUGUACAUGGCGAACAUUGCAAAGUACGCAAAGGACAACUGGGGCAUCAUCUUCGAGUCGGUCGAGCCGUUCAACGAGCCGAUCGCCAACUGGUGGAAGGCGGACGGCACGCAGGAGGGCUGCCACAUCGACGUGCCGACGCAGGCGACCAUCAUCAACGCGCUGCGCACCGAGCUGAACAGCCGCGGCCUGCAGAGCAUGACCAUCGCGGCGUCGGACGAGUCGUACUACGACCAGGCCGUGAGCACCUUCAACGGCCUCGGUACCGCGCUGAACAACGUCGCGAGGAUCAACGUCCACGGAUACCAGUACGCCAACGGCGCACGCGACAAGUUGUUUGCGCUUGCCUCGGGCAAGAGCAAGAAAUUGUGGAACAGCGAGUACGGCGAAAACGACGCGACGGGCGAGAGGCUCGUGUCCAACAUGCUCCUCGACUUCCGGUGGCUGAGGCCGACGGGCUGGGUGUACUGGCAGGUGCUCGACGGCGGCGGCUGGGGCGUGAUUGACGCCGACAACGAGGCGGGCACGCUGGGCGCGGCGAACCAGAAGUACUUCGCGUUUGCGCAGUUCACGCGCCACAUCCGCGAGGGCAUGAAGAUCUUGGACGGUGGUUCGGACAACGUGGUCGCGGCGUACGACGCGAAGAACUCCAAGCUGGUCAUCGUCGCGGUGAACUGGGGCGCGGCGCAGUACCUCAACUUCGAUCUGAGCAAGUUCACCCAGGCGUCGACGAACGGGGCCAAGGUGACGAGGUGGAGGACGCAGAUUGGCAGCGGCGACCGGUAUGUGCAGGCUUCGGACACGACGAUGAGCGGGACCAAGUUCUGGUCGUGGUUUGAGACGAAGAUGGUGCAGACUUUUGAGGUUGAGAACGUCAAGUUGUAG